AUGACAAGAAAUAUUGAAUUUAUCAAUGAGACUCAUGUACCUACCUACCUUUCCCCUCAGCUCAGCAAAGGACACCAGCCAGCUGGGAGGCUGGCAUAUGGACAAGUUGCCAUGCUGCCGAACCCCAGUGAUCUGGCUAGUCUCCACGACAAGUUGCGCGUUGAAGAGUCGGAUCUGGAUGCUGUCUUAACCAUAGGAACCUUUGCCGAUAAGCUGAGGGAAUUAAUCUUUCAAACUUUAGGAUUGCAUGCAACUUCCCCCGCCCCCGCGCUUCAUCAAGUGCGAUUUUAUCAGCAAGAACCUGUUCAGGAACCACCCGUCCAGUCCCACAGGUCAUCAUCUCCAUUGACGGAGCUCUCUGAGCACUCGGAGCGCUCAUCAUCACCAUCAACGGAGAUAUGCGAAGUCGAGGAACGCUUGCCUGAACAGCCACCUUCCCCAUUCCAUGCAUUCCAUGAACCAACCUCAAAGGCUAAUCGCCUUGUCCAUUCCUCUUUGAAGAGACCCGCGGAGAUCGAUGAAACCGUCCAGCAUAAGGGAAAGCAACGGCGUACCGAGUUUGUUCCUGCUGCCUAUGUUCCAUCAAAGCCAGCACAAGAUUUCACCCCGGCCCAGAUGGUUAUUCAACGGAAAAUGGCAUUCGAAUAUGUACAAAAGAGCAUUCGCGACGGUCAUGUUGUUUCUUUGGAUUAUGACCUCGCAGUGGCAAGGUUCCUGCAGGAGACAUCGCAUCUCAAUCUAGGGGACAUACCACAUGCAGUCGACCUUGUGCUAGCGGGAUCGGAGCGCCAAGGGCUGUCGACUUCACUACAAAGUGACGCUUACCAGUGCGCCAAGUACAUCAAGAAAACAUUGCUGGCCUACGAGUCCGAUCCACAGCAGGGAAAACCCUUUGCUCUACGUUAUCCCAACUUACACGCUUUGAGAGCCCGCGCCAUGACAAAUAUUGCCUCCAUGCGCGCGAUGCCGUCCGACAUCCCUGUUAUUUUGCUCGACAUUGCUGGGCGAGUGCUCGCAAUUGGACUGCCUCCAAAACGACAUGAUACGCCUGCCACUAAGGACAGCCUGGUACACCCUGCUGAGAAUGAAGUGCCAAUAGUCGCUUAUAUUCAAAAUGAAGCGAGUCAACCCCCUAAUGGAAACCAUCAGCGUGUUCGGGACCGACAAGGAUGGCACAUUACUCAUAAUUACACCCACACUGCUAAGAACAGCGCCGUGAAGCCUACCAUGGAUCGGGCGGUGAGAUCCUUUCAAAAAUCAUAUGACGUACCAGCUGCCAAUCACGUAUAUUCUUACCCACAGGAGCGCGCACUCCUUGCUUGCCUUGGCUUGGCAAGAGUAUAUAACCUACCAAUUGUGGACCAAGAACUCUUCGACCAAGCGCCCAAGAACCGUCCCACAAGUCUGACACCUUUUCCACUCACUUUGAAGAGCGGGUCACAGCUCUCCCAAUCUAGUAGCGAAGUUUCCGCACAUAUUGGGUCGAUAUAUGGAUCGGUCCAGUAUCAGUUGAUUGGGUAUGGCUUAGGUGCGGGCUCCCGGCGAUAUCCUCAGAUCAAUUCAGCCAAUAUUGCCGAUAAGAAGCUGGCCUUUGGUCCGGCUCGCCAGGGAUCUCUGACCGCCAAUGCCGCAUGGCAACAGUGCGCUGUUGGCCGAGAAAACCUACCGCAGGCACUUCAGAUGGGGAAUGGCCCACUAUACAAGGCACGCGAAAAUGCCAGAGUCACCAUUGAGUUGGGUUGGCAGUACGAUGUGGCCCUUGCAGUUAUUCUGGGUGUGCAGCCAGAGGCGUACAGAAUAGCGAAUCAGAACAUCGAUUUACUUUCUCGGGAGGGCGAUGUGCUUGUGCGACAACGGCUCGCUGACACGCGUCAUCGAAUCCUGUGUGCUAUGGAGCCAAAUGAAGCGGGCAGUUCAUACUUGAUGCACCUCGAUCUAAUCUCUAAAACCAUCGAGGCCUGGUUACACUAUAUACCAAUGACCGCCGGGCUGGCUGAAUGCCUAGAAGCUGUCACGGCGCUUGCUGAUAAUGAAAUGGAAUCAUUCAAAAAACUUACAUCAAAAUCAAUCCACCUAGAACGUGUUUCCAAACAGGAUGACUUGAAAACCAACACAGCCAAGCACAAAAGUAAUAUACUUCAUACCCCAUCAAUGAGUUCAUUUAAAUCUCUAGCGACACUGGAUAUCUAUAUGACUCCACUGGACAAGGUGGACGAUGCACUCAGUGUGUCUGGAGCACUGCGCCAUCUGGUCAACACUCAACAAGAUACGUCUCCGACACUGAAUAUGCCCCAGACCAACAAAAGAGCUCGCACACCGGACAAGAACAUAAGGAUCAAUCGGUCUCCCCGCCGUUCUGCAAGGCUCUCUUGCUCCGCAAAGAAGGUUACUACUCAAAGGUUGGAUCCAUUUGCCUCUGAUGGACCAUCAACCUCGGGAUGUGUCAAAAGGCAAAAGACGCAAAGUUCUGAUAGCCAAGAGGUUCAUCAUCCUACACACCGCUUGCCAACCGCCUCACCAUCUCCGAGUCAAAGCGCGAGAAUUGUACCUCCCACACCGGAGGUUCAUAGCUCAAACGUCCGAUCUCAAGAAAUCGAAAAUACAUUGAAUCUAUUGAGAACCCGCAGUUCUCCACCAUGUCCUUCUGUUGCUGAUAAGUCCAACUCGCUUUGGAACCAAAAGAUCGAUCUACAUCUCAGCGAAUCUGUCAAAAAACGAACCAUUCUUGUCACCGAAGUUUCCGCGAUACACAAGGCCUCACUUGUAUUAUUCAACACUUUGACAAAAGGCUCUUGCACUCAAUUCGACCCAGAUGAGUUGCUUUCUCAUCCUGUGACCUUCAGCAGCACAGGAGAGCCACGCAUCCAUGAAAAAUUAUUCACGACCAACAAGGGAACAAUAUGGUAUCAGCCACAGAUCUUCAAUUUUCUCACAAUCUCAACUUCUUCGCCGCCAGUUGGAAUUUUGAUUCAUGAGCGUUACCUGUGGGAGACAAUCAAAUUUUUUCACAAACCAAGUCCACAUUUUCUCGAACGGAGUAUGCACUACGUCCUGGCAGCGCUUGUUCUGAUAGGAACUGAUGCAAACAGGAUUCUCCCAGCCACUCAAAUCCCUCACCAAGCAGCUAUGUCUUCUGGGACCCGUAAUGCUGUCACAUGCUGGCACCACUUCAAAGAACUUUCCUCACUCCAAUCAAAUAAAAUUGUAGAUGAAAAAUCGGCAACCCCCGGUGGCUGUAUCGAGGAUCUGGACCGGUUAAUAAUGUUGAUCUACACAAUGAUUGAAACAUUUACAAGCAUAUGGGCCUCAACAACCCUCGAUGAAGAAAUCUCAAGACUGACAAACCUCAUAGCCAGUGCUGAAUCACCCAAGUCCGCGGAGGCCCUCACGACACUGAAAGAUGAGCUAACUGCAACUCGUAGUCAAAUCGUCAUAUCACCCAACAAUCUCCCAGCGCUUGCGAGCUUUCUCUGUUGCGGCGUCAAAGGCUUGAUGAUUUUCCCCAAAGACAAACACACCUUUGGGCCUCUCCGUGCAAUUAACUUCUUGCUUGUCACAGCUGAUCUCACAAAGCAGGGCCAAACGGUAGAAGAACCGAUCUGGAAAAGAACACAAGCAUACAUAGUGGACUUUAUGAAAGGCGUGAUUCAAUCAAGCAGAGAAUGGGUUCCAUGCGAAGUCAAUCGGUAUCAUCUGGCAAAGGCGCUGUUCCUUGAUUUUUCAGAUUUUUUUCUGGCGCGUGAUAUAAGAAAAAUUCCGAUACCAACAACAAGGAACUAUAAGGUCUUGGACAAGGAAUGUUCCUAA